UCUCCCCACCUCGUCCACCAUGUCCUUCCCGGCGACCCUCAAUGUGGCCAACGAGUACGAGCGCCAGCAGGUGGAGGCCAUCAUGCAGCAGAAGACCGUCCGCGACUACAUGACCGUCUACAACAAGCUGGUGGAGAAGUGCUUCUCAGACUGCGUCAACUCUUUCUCCUCCCGCAAGCUUACCGGCAAGGAGACCUCGUGCGUCAACACAUGCUGCGACAAGUUCCUCAUGGGCGUCUCCCGCAUGAACCAGCGCUUUGUCGAGCAGAACAUCCUCAUGCAGGAGAAGAAGGCCGAGGCCCUCAAGGCUGCAAGGUCCGGCGAUGACUCCGAGUAAUCGCUGUCUCUCGUACUGCUGCUUCCUCUUUCAGCAGGCGUGCGGCUGCUGCUGCGCUGCCGCUCUCUCAUCGCUCGCGCACCCACAUCGCCGCUACCUUGCCUGCCGCGUCACCCCCCCCCC